CAAAUACCUUGCCCUCGCUUCCGGAUCUAUACGCCUUGGCAGUUCAAGCUGACUCUUUACGGAGUGGGCUAUCGUUUGCUGAAGGUUGUCCUUUCACCAAAAUAGCGUGUUGCAUUGACUUUGCAAAGAGCUUGCUGUUCCAUCUGGGCGAUCAAUGACCGACGCCUAUUCUGAGCCAUCCCUCUCAUCGUGCUUUCAAGAACCAUAUAUUCGCCAAAGUUUAUGCCUUCACAUCCUUUCGUCUCUCUUAUCAAAGCUCAAUAAUGCAAGGAAAGCCUCUGAAAUCUGAAACCAGUAAUAGUGAUAGGUACGCACCAUGGCUACAGGAUGACGCGACAGCGCAAAACGUAUCGCAUAACCAUGCAGAUGAAGAUGACAAUAAUCCAUGCACAUCAGACCUCUUGGGUCGGGAUGCUUCUUAUGAGUCACUUUCAUCAACGCAAUCUUCCAUCUACUCAGGACUAGAGGACAUUACGCAGGCCAUAGUCGCGUGUCCGGACGAAUAUAUGUACCCCCGUGCCGACACUUCCAAUGCAUUGACUGAGCUUUCGUCGUCCAACAACUCCUCCGAUGUCUCCAAAUUGACACAUGCAAGCCCUCCAAAGACUACGCCUUCCUCCGCCGGUGCUGCAUCUCCUCGCACAAAUCAAUCAUCGCUCGGAAAACGGAAAGCGACUGAAGAUGACAGCCUCGGACUUGUCACUUCGCCUUCAAAGUAUCCAAGGACUGAUACAGCCGAUCGAGAAGGCGUGCAUGUCAUUGCACACAACGGAAACCUCCAGAAGGCAUUUGACGCUCGAUCAAUCUGUUAUGGCGUGCAGUGGCUUAUCGCAAUGCUCCAUACCAAUGGGAGGAAGUCAUAUAGUGACAUCAGGAUACCCCUUCUUGAUCAGAUGAAGGGUACCAAUUGCGACGUCGCACCCGAUGCAAUCCGUCAGCUUUAUGGUAAGCUUACCGAAGGGAGUGAACUCCAGAACACAGAUAGUUACUUCGCGAAAGAGAGGGCGGUCACGUCUCCUUGGAAACAGCUAGACCUGGAAGAGGAUUAUGUUUCCAAGGUCGAGAUAUUUGAAGGCUUUCAUCGACAGUCUGAUGGCUGGUACGGUGGUAAGGUUCGCUUCUUAUGCACGCUGAAGGAGAACGAAUCCCAAAAGCUACGCCCCUCGACGUCACCAACAGCCCGCUGGAAAAUCAUACUGCAGCGUCCAGAGACUGGACCAUCGUCGCGCUUUACUAGGCAGUUCGGGUCAAAAAACUUCAUCCGCGUCCGUAUCGAGAGGAGGUUCCUCAGCCACUCUGAAGAGCUUCGCCACUUUUUCUCCCAGAGAUUUUUGCUUUGUGGCGUCAUUUAUCGCGCUUUCUAUGCCAAGGACGGAAACGUGUUUCUGGUUGCUACCGAUGAAACAGCUGAUGGUUCCCACCACUUACCACUUCAUGCACGAAGCAUUCCUCCCCCAUCCCUUGCUGAUUUCUUGAGCUGGCACAAUCCCAUUCGCUUCAACGCAGGACAAACGCUAGCUAAAUGGACAGCUAGGUUCGCAUUAGGCUUAUCAAACUCAGUUCCGGGCCUGACGCUCGAACAGUACAACAUUUUUGAGCUACCCGAUACCCCAGGGCCUUCGGACAUGACGGAUGGGUGUGGUUAUAUCAACCGGGCUGCAAUGCGGAAACUAAGGGAGAUACUUCCGCUCGAGUCAGUUCCGACUGCGAUCCAAUGCCGAAUCGCUGGCGCGAAGGGCUUACUACUCAUGCAUCCCGACGAUCGCGAAAACGAUGCUACUGAGCCAAAAGUUUGGCUCCGUACAUCUCAGAUUAAGAUUCGAUAUCCAUCCGGUCAGUCAUUAGCUUCUGGGCAACGAACCAUUGAUGUCCUUCGGACGUCACAUAUGAAAACGCCUUCAAGACUAUCGCCCGAGACGAUCAUUAAUCUAGGAGAGAAUGGAGUACCUCAUCAGAUUUUUGUUGACCUCUUGAAGAAAAGCCUGGACGAAAGCGUUGAUCCACUUCUCUCCUGGGAGGGUCCCAAGGCAAUGGAGCAGCUGUGGUUCAACAUAUCACAAGUGGGACGAGUUUUUGCGGCGCGGUUAAGUCGGGAAGCUGGAGGAGAGGCACGAGUAAUGGGCUACUCGGCCGGGGAUCUCGAAGACGACAACGAAGAAGACCUCGACCCCGUCGACCCUGAUGCACCGAGAUCGGCCGCAUGGUGGGCUGACGAGAUUUCAGGGUGCCCAUCCAGUUUGGAAGAAACAGCCAUGGCACUUCUCGACUCUGGGUUUACGCCCCAAGAAUGCCCUGUUUUACGGGAUAAACUCACCGCUGUCGUCAAGUCCACUGUAGACCGCCAUGUCGCCCGAUACAAAUUGGACGUUCCGAUGUCUUGCAUUGCAUGGAUGGUGCCCGAUCCGUUUGGAAUCCUUGCUCCGGAUGAAGUGCACAUCAGAUCUUCGCAGGAUAAUCUCUUGCAAAAGGAUGGCUCAAAGGCUCAAACGGUUUUGGGAUCAGUGCUGCUCACCCGUCACCCUUGCAAACUUCCUACAGACGUUCAAAAGGUUACGGCAGUCCAAAGAGGAGAACUCGCGGGUUACACCGAUGUCAUUGUCUGUUCUAUUCAAGGUGACAGGCGAUUUGCGGACUUAUUGGCAGGCGGAGAUUACGACGGCGAUAAAGCCAUAGUAAUAUGGGAACCUACUAUCAUCAAUACGUUCCGGAAUGCGGACCUGAAGUUCUCUAAAGCUCCGGAAGACUUGAUGUCCCACUUUUUAAAGGAGAACAUAACUGUUGAACAGUUUCUGGAAGGAACGGAUGCGUCGGGCGCUGGCCUGGUGCAUGGAAUGCAAAUCGCUCUUCUAGCUGGACUGGAAGAUAGUUCUGCCGUUGGGAAAUACUCGAAUUUUCAUGACAUUGCGAUUUAUGAGCUCGGGUACACGCAUGAAACGACUAUUCGCUUGGCGUAUAUGUUUUGUAAUGUCCUCGAUGGUGCCAAGACGGGGCUGCGCGUUCGUCCUGAAGUGUUCACAUUGGACUCAGCCCGGUUCGUUUUACGGACACUCGCAUGGAAAGAAGUCAACAAGUCUCGAGGCGUCUCAACCGCCGCAUCAAACAGUUACCCUGCAAAACGGGCCCUCAAUACCCGUACCUUCGUCAUGGAUGUUCUACUUCGCAAGGGAAAGGAAUAUCGUGAUCAGAAGCUCGCUGAGAUGGAAAGAAAGAUGAAAAGCUUCCUUAGCCGAAAGAGAGAUGUUACACUGUCUGCGCCAUGGGAAGAUGCCCAGCAUCGAGCCAACAAACUUGAGCAAAAGUACCCAGGUCAAAGCAACCCACUGCGAGAGGAGCUCGACAUCAUUCAACACCAUGUCGAACAAACGUACAAGUUACACAAGGAACGGGUCGAUGAGACUUUCUCCGAGAAACCCAUUACCCGUCGCCAAGAUAUUCUCCGCUCUCUGUCACAGCAGCUUGCAUCUCUUCCCAAGCCUGAAGACUGUCUGGUGCUUUCAGCAAAAGAAAUAGCGCGGCUCAGGGCCUCGUGUCUGUAUUUGUACGAUCAUCACAAGAGCGGCAAGGGCUGGAGCCGGAUCCCAUGGGAUCUCGCCAUGCGCGAGCUCAGUUGCAUCAACUGCGAAGGAACAGGCAAGCCGGUGCAGGGCUCCUUCUAUGCCAAGUUUGCUAUGAAACAGUCGUUGUUGAAGGAUUAGAUACCAUAUACAUCAUCACAAUAUAUCAGCACGCAUUUGUAU